CUACUCUUCCCAGUUUGAAAUUCCAACUCUGUUUUCCUCUUUCACUCAUUUGAGUACUCAUCGGAGAUGGCGGUAGUAGUCGGAAACAUAGCACUAUUGCUUGACGGAACUCACUUGACCACUCCACGUGCCGUAGUCUUACCAGAUCGGAAAACGAGGGAUGUUCUGUUGAACUUCUUUGUGAAGAAAGAUCCAUGUCAGAAUCAGAGCAUGUAUGCUUCUAGUGGGUUUGAAAAUGAAAGAGAAAGAUUAAAUCCGAAAGUGGGUUUUCGGGGUAAAGCGAAUUCGAAAGUGGGUGCGGUUGAUUAUGAGAAUUCAAGUGAUGAUGAGAAUGGAAAUGGUGUUGAAGAUGAAGGAGAAGGUGGUGGAGGAGGAGAAGAGUUCGAUUGGGAGAAAGAAAUGAAGAGGAGAGUUAAGGAGCUAGAGGAAAUGAAGGAAUUGGAGAAAAAAGCUGAGGAGUUGCAGAAUCGUGUUGAUGAGGAGUAUGGUGAAGAAGGUGAAAUCAGUGAAGAAACUGAGGAGGAGAAACGUGAAAGAGUUCGAAGGGAGCUCGAAAAGGUGGCAAAGGAGCAAUCGGAACGCAGAAAAACUGCUCAAUUAAUGUUCGAUUUGGGCCAGAAGGCUUAUGGGAAGGGCAUGUAUGGACGUGCAAUAGAGUUCCUUGAAGGUGCUCUUACUAUCAUUCCUAGACCAACCUUGUUUGGUGGAGAGAUACAAAUAUGGCUUGCUAUGGCUUAUGAAGCUAAUAACCGCCAUUCAGACUGCAUUGAUUUGUAUAAGCAACUAGAAAGGAAACAUCCCAGUGUCAGCAUCCGACGUCAAGCUGCAGAGCUUCGUUAUAUAUUGCAAGCACCUAAGUUGAAGAUAUCUCAAGAAGAAAUGGUUACUAUACCACUUAUUGGUUCUAGCUAUGAUAGUUAUGCUGGAUCAUGGACUGACAAAGAGAAGGACAAAGAUGAAAGACAAAGCCGGUCUACAACAAAUCAGCUUCCAUCGAGCAGGGACUGGGUGGGAGACUUUCUGGUCUGGAAGCCCCCAGUUGGUUUGGAGAAAAGCCAAUCAUUCUGGGCAAUUUUAACAAUAUGGAUAGCCUUGGUUGGAGCUGCACUCUUUUUGCAAAAAUGAAGCAUAUAUAUAUACUUGUAAAGAUGUUUGUUGUUUAGCUUUCUAUUCUUUAUUGGUAAGUAUAUAUAUAGGCUAAUGUGUAUUACCAUUCUAAAUUCCUGUUGUAUAUUUCUACCCUUGUUUAAUAUAAUUAGCAAAUAUCAAUUCUGCUA